AUGAAGAUUUGGAUUGCUGGAGACGACUCACGUGUGACCGCUGUGGGAAAAGGGGUCAACCAACGGAUCGUUGUUUGUUGUGUGCUAGGGUGUGGAGAGGCCCACGAGGCUGGAAAGUGCCAGAUGGAGGAGUUUUGCAACUUGAUCCGUCAAAAGUACAGCCCGACCAAGCACGCCGGGAUGUUGCCAGAGAAGGCAGAGAAGAUGAGAAAUUAG